CGCAAAGUUGGCAUCAUGGAAGCUGCGGUGCUGGCCGUGGCUCUGGGGUUCCUACUCCUGGCCGGGGACUCAGUGGGCGACGAGGUUCGGGAGGCAGAGGCCGUACGGGAGCUGGUGGCCCGGUUGCUGGGACCCGGGCCGGCAGCCGAUUUCUUAGUGUCCGUAGAUCGCGCGCUGGCGGCCGAGUCCGGUCUGGACACCUACAGCCUGAGCGGCGGCGGCGGGGCGCCGGUGCGUGUGCGCGGCUCCACGGGAGUGGCGGCCGCCGCGGGGCUGCACCGCUACCUGCGCGACUUCUGCGGCUGCCAGGUGGCCUGGUCCGGCUCUCAGCUGCACCUGCCCCGGCCGCUGCCCGCUGUGCACGACGAGCUGACCGAGGCCACGCCCAACAGGUACCGCUAUUACCAGAAUGUGUGCACGCACAGCUACUCCUUCGUGUGGUGGGACUGGGCCCGUUGGGAGCAAGAGAUUGACUGGAUGGCGCUGAAUGGCAUCAACCUGGCACUGGCUUGGAGUGGCCAGGAGGCCAUCUGGCAGCGGGUAUACCUGGCCUUGGGCCUGACCCAGUCAGAGAUCGAUGAGUUCUUCACCGGUCCGGCCUUCCUGGCCUGGGAACGCAUGGGUAAUCUGCACACCUGGGGUGGCCCCCUACCCCGCUCCUGGCAUCUCAAGCAAGUCUACCUGCAGCAUCGGAUCCUGGACCGGAUGCGCUCCUUUGGCAUGAUCCCAGUGCUGCCUGCCUUCGCAGGACAUGUCCCCAAGGCCAUUACCAGGGUGUUCCCACAGGUCGACGUCACCCAGUUAGGCAGCUGGGGACACUUCAAUUGCUCCUACUCGUGCUCCUCCCUUCUGGCUCCAGGAGACCCCGUAUUCCCCCUCAUCGGGAGCCUCUUCCUGCGGGAGCUGACCAAAGAGUUUGGCACAGAUCAUAUCUACGGGGCUGACACCUUCAACGAGAUGCAACCACCCUCUUCGGAGCCUUCCUACCUCACCGCAGCCACUGCAGCUGUCUAUGAGGCCAUGAUUGAGGUGGACCCUGAUGCUGUGUGGCUGCUCCAAGGUUGGCUUUUCCAGCAUCAGCCCCAGUUCUGGGGCCCUGCUCAGGUCAAGGCUGUGCUGGAGGCUGUGCCCCGUGGUCGUCUCUUGGUUCUGGACCUGUUUGCCGAGAGCCAGCCAGUUUACCUCCACACCGCCUCCUUCCACGGCCAGCCCUUCAUCUGGUGCAUGCUCCACAACUUUGGGGGCAACCAUGGCCUGUUUGGAACCCUGGAGGCUGUGAACCAAGGCCCCAGGGCAGCCCGCCUCUUCCCCAACUCCACCAUGGUUGGCACUGGCAUAGUCCCUGAGGGCAUCGGCCAGAAUGAAGUGGUCUAUGCCCUCAUGGCUGAACUGGGCUGGCGCAAGGACCCUGUGCCAGAUUUGGUGGCCUGGGUGAGCAGCUUUGCCAGUCGCCGAUAUGGAAUCUCCCAGCCAAAUGCGGGGACAGCCUGGAGACUCCUUCUCAGGAGUGUCUACAACUGCUCUGGGCAAACCUGCAGUGGGCAUAAUCGGAGCCCGCUGGUCAAGCGGCCAUCCUUACGGAUGAGUACCACCGUCUGGUACAACCGAUCAGAUGUAUUUGAGGCUUGGCGACUGCUGUUGUCAGCGGCUCCUAACCUGACCGCCAGUCCAGCCUUCCGCUAUGACCUGCUGGAUGUCACCCGCCAAGCAGUGCAAGAGCUGGUCAGUCUGUGCUAUGAGGAGGCCAGGACCGCCUACCUGAAGGGGGAGCUCGAUCUCCUGCUCAGGGCUGGAGGCCUUCUGGCCUAUAAGCUCCUGCCUUCCCUUGAUGAGCUGCUGGCCAGUGACAGCCGCUUCCUGCUGGGCAGCUGGUUGGAUCAGGCCCGGGCAGUGGCUGUGAGUGAAGCCGAGGCCCAGUUUUAUGACCAGAACAGCCGCUACCAGCUGACCCUGUGGGGGCCUGAGGGUAACAUUCUAGACUACGCCAAUAAGCAGCUGGCGGGACUGGUGGCUGACUACUACCAGCCGCGCUGGGGUCUCUUUGUGGAAACUCUGGCUCAGAGCCUAGCCAGAGGAGUCCCCUUCCAACAGCAUGAGUUUGAGAAGAAUGUCUUCCCGCUAGAGCAGGCCUUCAUUACCAACAAGAAGAGAUACCCCAGUCAGCCCCAAGGGGACACCGUGGACCUAGCCAAGAAAAUCUUCCUCAGAUAUCACCCCCAGGCAGCCUCUUUGUGACAGACAGAU